CCGCGCCUCACCUUCCUAAGCGCGAUCAUCAAGGAGACUUUCCGGCUGCACCCCUCGACGCCGCUCUCGCUGCCACGGAUGGCCACCGAGGACUGCAAGGUCGCGGGCUACUGCAUCCCCAAGGGGACGGAGCAUCUAGUGAACGUGUGGGGGAUCGCCCGUGAUCCGGCCCUAUGGCCCGACCCGCUGGAGUUUAGGCCUGCCCGGUUCCUCCCCGGAGGGUCGCAUGCGGACGUCGACGUCAAGGGAGGUGACUUUGGGCUGAUACCGUUCGGGGCAGGCCGGAGGAUAUGCGCGGGCCUCAGCUGGGGCAUUAGGAUGGUCACCGUGACCACCGCCACGCUGGUGCACUCGUUUGACUGGGAGCUGCCGGCAGGCCAGACGCCGGACAUGGAGGAGACAUUUUCUCUGCUGCUGCAGCUGGCCGUGCCGUUGAUGGUCCACCCGGUGCCUAGGCUGCUCCCAUCGGCAUACCAAAUCGCAUAGCGUUGCUUGUGUGCUAAUUUUUUUGGACAAGUUUAAUAAGCCAGUGUCACAAGGAAAAAAACAUUUGUAUGGUGAGUUUGUGUACCAAACAACAUGUGCUUUGUUGUUUUGGAAAAAACAACAUCGUUUUGUUGUCACUAAUAACAGAUCAUUGGAAUGAUGCUUGUGUUUUU